AUGCCCAGGGCGUGCCUGUCUUGCUCGUGUCCUGGCCCAUCAAGCUCACGCUUUACAGGCCCCGACGGGUUCAGAACCUUGUGCAAGCCUUGCAGCAAUUCAUAUCGUGACUGUCGUCUCCGCUUACACAUGUCUCCAUCCGGGGUUUCAGUCCAACCCUCGGCAGGGUCAACUCCUGCACGACAUCUUGGUUUCAACACGAGGCAGUUUUUACCCAACCGCGACGACUUCCUGAGUCCAAUCGUCGAAGCAAGACCCGUCGUGAAGAACCUCUGCAGACGCCCUUUUGCCAAAGGCAUCUCCUCAGGAAGCGCAGAGGCUUGCGUAGCCUGCGGAAAUGACAACUCCAACUUAUACCCCGGUCCAGAUGGCCAAACGACACUAUGCGCCACUUGCUACAAGCGAUUAACGGAUUGCAGGUUACGACUAUGGCGUUCACGCUCAGGUAUUAUCACAGCUAGGCCAACCCCAGGGUACGAGAAAGUCGUGGCCGUCGGCUUCAACAAUAACAACAACAAAAGAAUUCCGACCCAGCCUCGGGUGAGGACAGCAAAGAAACGGGAACACGAAUCGUUGCCCUCGCAUAGGCCAAGAAAGCUUAUAAGGGGAGCAGAUCGGGAGAAAAGGGGCACUAAGGAAAGAUCUACGGAACCUAGUUGGGACCCGUCACUCAAUGCGGCUGGUCGAGCCCGUGAAGAGAACCAGGCAGCUGUUGUUAAAGCUGAGAAGCACCUGGAGAAUGUGUUGCACAGCGAAAAAGAGGCUGACGAUGACUCUGGGAGCAGGGAUGAAAGCAUUGAUGACGAUGAAGAUGAUGACGAUGUCGUGGAGAACGAAUCUGAUGCGGCCAAAGAACUGGGAUUGGAAGUCAGGCAGCUCAAACUUCGGGGAAGAGUGGUGCACAUUUCUGGCCUGAACAAUCCUCCAACUUCGCCUCCAUCGCGUCCGAGACGCUUGAGAAAGGCUGUAUCGGAGAUCAAUGGGCAAUCCACGGAGCAUGUAACGACAGCGGAGAGCGAUAUAGAUGUAUCAGGGCAGUUACAGAAAUCCGGUAGCCAGGGCGACCGAAACCGGGGUCGUCCAGCUGGCGAAGCGUUCGUGCCAACUUCUCGACAAGCACAAGGUGCUCCAGGGAACACGAACACCCGCAGAGAGUCUGGUUUGAGGACACAUGGAAUCAUCCAUUCUCCCCUCUCGCCAAGUUUGCUAAAAUCGGGUCCUUUCAUCGAAGCUCUGCGCUCGCGUGCGAUGAGCUUCGGAGUCAAAGCAUCUUGUACCUACGGGUGGCAGACACAGCGACGAUUCGUAUCUGUCGCAUACGGGCUGCGAUUCUUGUCUUUUAAGCAAGUGCUGUGUGAGAUUUUUGACAUGGAUGGUGUUGCAUUCACUGUCUGCUACGUAGAUGACGACGGGGAUGAGAUAGGUAUCUCCGAAGAUUCGGACAUGCGACCAAUGUUUGAUUUGGCAAAGGGAAAGCAAGGUGCGCUCAGAGUUCGACUUCGACCACCGUAACAGAAUGUAACGGUGGUGCUAUGGACAAAUACGCCGCCCUGUGCGUCUAUGCAGAUUAUGCUUUGAUAGGGCUUUCCUCAAACCAUCCCCAAUAAAGCUCUAUGCAACACCCGAUGCGGGUGAUAAUCAGCCCUAUCCCUGGCCCAAUAUAUAAUAGGUGGACGACUACCCAAGGGUAGUACAUUAAAAUGUGUUUCUUCAUA